GCUGCAACUUUUGUCACCGCACAGCUGCCGGUGGUUCCUCCACUCACACACGCACGCACACGCACGCUGGAUUCAUUAAAAGUCAAGAGAGAGGCAGCUGGAUGAUGUCAUAUCCGUGAAGAAGGGUCCCUGUAACGCAAACGCAGCUAGGAUUUUCGCUGCAUGCAUGCCCACAAACUUUUUCACUUUCUUGCAGUGACGCGGUUUCUCCCCGCUGCCCCCAUGGCAUGCGUGACGGGGACGAGUGGUUGGAUGUGCCCCCCUCCUCCCCAGGAAGCCGUGUUUUUUACCAGCGCGUAGUGGACGAGGUGGCGCGAGCCGCACGGUCAGAAAACCUGCGUGAAAACUGUUGUACCCGUCGCGGAGGAGGUGAGGAGGGAAACGUUGAAGCACCCGACAGAAUGCGGUCGCUGUCCGUGGUCCUGAACCCGCUGCUGUUUCUGCUGCUGAUCGGAUACUGCCCUUCAGUGACCAUCAGGCCAAAGGAGGGGUGGCAGGUGUACAGCUCAGCUCAAGAUGCAGAUGGGCGUUGUAUCUGCACAGUGGUGGCACCUGAACAGAAUCUGUGCUCCAGAGAUGCUAAAGGCAGACAGCUCCGCCAGCUCCUGGAGAAGGUGCAGAACAUGUCGCAGUCAAUUGAGGUGCUGAACCUGCGGACGCAGAGGGACUUUCAGUACAUCAUGAGGAUGGAGAGCCAGGUCAAAGGACUGCGGUCAAAGUUUCGACAGAUCGAAUCGGACAGGAAGACGCUCGUCAACAAAAACUUUCAGGAGCUAAAGGGAAAGAUGGAGUCCCUGCAACCGCUGAUACCCGUCCUGGAGCAAUACAAGACAGAUGCCAAGGUCAUCUCCCAGUUCAAAGAGGAGAUCAGGAACCUGUCUGCCGUGUUGAUGGCCAUCCAGGAGGAAAUGGGAGCCUACGACUACGAGGAGCUGCAACAGAGGGUCCUAAACCUGGAAAAUCGGCUCCACAACUGCAUGAGCAAACUCACAUGUGGCAAGCUAAUGAAGAUCACCGGGCCGCUGACUGUGAAAACUUCAGGGACCAGAUUUGGAGCCUGGAUGACCGACCCACAGGCGUCUCCCAAAAACAACCGGAUCUGGUACAUGGACAGCUACACCAACAACAAGAUAGUAAAAGAGUAUAAAUCCUUAGCUGAUUUUGUGGCAGGAGUCGAGUCGAGAACCUACAACCUGCCUUUCAAAUGGGCUGGCACCGACCAUGUGGUGUACAAUGGCUCUCUGUACUACAACAAGAUGCAGAGCAACAUCAUAGUGAGGUACAGCUUUGAGACGGGCCGUGUGGUCACCCAGAGGGCUCUAGAGUCAGCGGGGUUCCAUAACGUUUACCCCUACACGUGGGGAGGCUUCUCCGACAUCGAUAUUAUGGCGGACGAGCUGGGCCUGUGGGCAGUGUACGCCACCAACCAAAACGCUGGGAACAUAGUCAUUAGCCAGCUGAACCCGGACACGCUCCAGAUCCUCAACACGUGGAACACAGAAUACUCAAAGAGGAACGCUGGCGAGUCUUUUAUGAUCUGUGGGACGCUCUACAUCACUAACUCCCACCUGACCGGUGCCAAGGUGUACUAUGCUUACUCCACUAAAACCUCCACAUACGAGUAUACAGACAUUCCCUUUCAUAACCAGUACUUCCACAUGUCUAUGUUGGACUACAAUGCCAGGGACCGCGCACUCUACGGCUGGAACAACGGCCACCAGGUCCUUUUUAAUGUAACACUUUUCCACAUCAUCAAAACUGAGGACGACUCUUAAGCCGUGGCACAUACUGUACAAGUGAUAGGAAAACAUGGGAAAAAUAGAUGGUUGCAUCUGAAUGUUGUAAUUAAUGUAUUUAUUUAUUUAUUUAUCCAUUUAUUUAGUUAUGUAAUUUCCCCAAUUAGUUUUGGGCAUUUUAUACUAAUUUAUUUACCAACAUCUUGCAAUUUGCUACUUUCAUACAAAGAGUUAACUAAUUAUGAUCUUCUCCAUGUGGAAACAUAAUAGUUUCUCAGUAGAAUGCAUCUCUGCCAGGUGUGUCUGUGACAACCACUGUUGUAUUGUGUGAUUGAAUGAAUACAACUCAC